AUGCGUCUUCUCUCAUCAGUAUCUUGCUUUGCCAUCCUGGCAGUGGCGGUGUUUUCUGACAAGAUACUCGCCUCUCCAAUAACGACCUCCUCCGAUUCAUCGUGCAAUCUCUCGGGCAAAAGCCCCAACUCCAACCCCAAUCCAGAUUACAUCAACUGGCGCACCUUCUCCGGUCACGGCGUCAAUCUCGGAGGGUGGCUCGAACAAGAAUCCACCAUCGAUACAAAAUGGUGGUCUACCUACGGCGCCAACGCCUCAGACGAAUGGACCAUCUGCGCCACUCUUGGACCGCACCGCUGUGCCCAAGUCUUUGAAGACCGUUACAAGACCUUCAUCACCCCGGAGGAUAUCGACUCGCUCGCUGCCGCCGGGGUCUCCAUCCUUCGUAUCCCCACUACCUACGCGGCGUGGGUCAAAGUCCCCGGCUCCCAACUGUACUCGGGUCACCAGCAACAGCACCUGCGCAAGAUUGCAGACCAUGCGAUCCACAAGCAUGGCAUGCACAUCAUCAUCGACCUGCACUCACUCCCAGGCGGGACUAAUGGGCUCGACAUUGGCGAAAAGGUUGGUCACUGGGGGUGGUGGUUCAACGACACGGCAUUGGACUGGUCACUUCGCGCGGUGGACGCGCUCGUCGCGUUCGUGCAGGACUCGUCCAGUCCGCAGAGCUACACGAUCGAGCCGAUCAACGAGCCCGUUGACAAUCAUGACUUCUCCACCUUUGGCACGCCCGCGGCCUUGUCGGAGGACGGGGCACAGUGGCUGACCCGAUACUUCCGGGCGGUGAUUGCGCGCGUGAAAAAGGUCAACACCCGAAUCCCCGUGAUGCUGCAGGGAAGUUUCAAGACGGAGGAGUAUUGGGCACCCUUUUUCGAUGCAUCGGAGAAUAUCGUGUUUGAUCUGCAUCAUUACUAUUUCCAGUUCCCGGAGGCGACGAGUGCGAAUGUGUCAACGUAUAUCUGCCGCGAUGCCCGGGCGUCGGCGGGAGAUGGCAAGUUUCCGACAUUUGUGGGCGAGUGGGCGAUUCAAACUGGAGGGAAGAAUGAGUUGGCCCAACGAGGCCAAAGUCUGCGGGCGGGAUUGUCGGCCUGGGCGCAGUUCACGCGGGGCAGUGCCUAUUGGACAGCCAGGUAUUUCAGCGAUGCGGCGGUGGUGGGGGAAGGGAUGAAGGAGGAUUACUGGAGUUAUGAGAAGUUUGUCGCAGAGGGUUUGUUGGAGGGAGAGGUUGUGGUAAAGGAUUAUUGUCAAUAG